CGCGACGCCAGCGCGGUAGGACCUGCCAAGCCUCCGCUGCAAGCGUCCGCUCGCCGGGAGCUGUCGCGUGCUUUCGUGUCCGAGGUGUUGCCCGAGGAGUCCCCAGUGUGCGACUCUAGAUGGCGGCCUGAAGACCGUCGCCGCUAUGGGCUUAGCGGCGAACCUUCUGCUGCAGCUGCUGGUGUCUGCCGCGCUCUCCCUUGGAGAUGGGCUGCGGCUGCUGGAGGUCCGAGUGCCGGUGCACGCGGUGCGAGGGCAGACGGCGCGGCUGGAGUGCCGCUUCGACCUGGAGGGCGAGUCGCUGUACUCGGUCAAGUGGUACAAGGACGGCCGCGAGUUCUACCGCUUCGUGCCCAGGGACACGCCACCCGCGCAGCUCUUCCCGCUGCCUGGAGUCGCCGUCGAGAUCGGCAACUCGACGUCGAGCCGCGUGGUGCUGCGCGACCUCACGGCGGCCACCUCUGGCCGCUACCGGUGCGAGGUCUCCGGCGAGGCGCCCUCCUUCCAGACCGUCUCCGACCACGGCGAUCUGCUCGUAGUCGCCCUGCCUGAGGAAGGGCCGCGCAUAACGGGAGGACGACCCCGCUAUCAGAUUGGCGACACUGUCGACGUCAACUGCACCUCGGGGAGGUCACGGCCGGCAGCUCAGCUCGCCUGGUUCAUCAACGGAGACAGAGUGGAGGACGAGCGUCUGCUGCGCGGGCCGCAGGUGGUGGACGGCGGCGCGGGCGACGGCUCUGUGGAGACGGUGCUGGGGCUGCGGUUCCGCGUGGCGCCGCGCCACUUCCCGGGCGGCGCUGGCGGCGACCUGCGCCUCAAGUGCCUGGCCACGGUCGCCACGGUCUUCUGGAGGAGCCGCGAGGAGGCGGCCACCGCAGGGCCCGGCCGCCGCGCGCCGCUGCACGACGCGCUCGACGUCGCGCCCGGCGCCGAAGGGCUCGCCAGGAGCGCCGCCGCCACAGGUGUGUGUGUGUGUUAG